CAGGAGUCGGCGGGGAAAGGCCCUACCAAGGGCUGGGUGUUGCAGGGCUGCGGCGGGGUGGGGCGCCCUAGCUGCAGGGGCGCUAACUCCUGCCCGGGAGAGUCUGAGACUCACUGAGUAGGUGAGCCUUGAAUUGGCUCUUGCAGGGUAAAGAGGUGUUCAUCAGGGAGACUGGGGGCAGGCGGGCACGGGGCCAGCACCCGAGUGCCAGGGUCGGGGCGUGGACGCCGGGCAAGCUGCGGGACUGAGGAGGAGCCCCCCGGCCGCGGCCGCUGGGGGAACCCGCCUUCGUCCCCCUGCUCCCUUUAGGUAAUGGAGCCUGCGGACGUUGGAGCUUCAGGAUGGUUCAUGCUAAGAGCUGGACCCUGAAGAAACACUUCGUAGGCCACCCUACUAAUAGUGACUUUGAAUUGAAGACAGUCGAACUCCCACCCUUAAAAAAUAGAGAGGUCCUGCUGGAAGCUUUGUUCUUCACUGUGGAUCCUUAUAUGAGAAAUUUGGCUGUUAAAAGAAGAGAGAGAGGGGCUUCCCUGGUGGCGCAGGUUGUGGAAAGUAAAAACUCAGCCUUCCCAAUAGGAAAAACUGCAGUGGCUCCUUCCGGCCGGACGGCGCACUCCAUUUCUGAUGGGAAAAACCUGGAAAAGCUGCUUGCAGAGUGGCCGGACACGUUACCACUGUCUUUGGCUCUGGGAAUGAUUGGCAUGCCCAGCCUAACAGCCUACUCUGGCCUGCUUGACAUCUCUGGUGUGCAGGGUGGAGAAACAGUGCUGGUGAACGUGGCCGCAGGAGCAGUGGGCUCCGUUGUGGGGCAGAUCGCUAAGCUCAAGGGCUGCAAAGUUGUUGGAGCAGCAGGGUCUGACAAAAGGGUUGUCUGCCUUGAAAAGUAUGGAUUUGAUGUUGCCUUUAACUACAAAACAGUAAAGUCUUUGGAAGAAACUUUGCAAAAAGCCUCUCCUGAGGGUUAUGAUUGUGAUUUUGAUAAUGUAGGUGUAGAGUUUUCCAACGUUGUUAUCCCCCAGAUUAAGAAAUUUGGAAGACUUGCUGUUGCUAUACGUGGGCCCAUCUCUACAUAUAACAGAACCAGCCUCCUUCCCCCAGGUAAUGAGCCCACCCCGGAGGCCGUCAUCUUUAAGGAGCUUCACUUCGAAGGCCUCCCCAUCUACUGCUGGCAAGGAGAAGUCCGCCAGGCUCUGAAAGGCUUGCUGACAGGGGUGUCAGAGGGUAAAAUCCAGUACCAUGAACACAUCACUGAAGGAUUUGAAAGCAUGCCAGCUGCAUUUAUGGGAAUGCUGAGAGAAUUGGGGGAAGCAAUAGUGAAAGCAUGAACAAAAAUGACACAUGGAAUCUAGAAAUCAUCUGGAUGAUUACUUAGUUUCUUUAUAAUCAUUUAGUAAAAGGACAGACUGAUGACACCCAAGCGCAAUACAUGCUGGACCAGAAACCAGAAGUCAAGAGCACGUCUUGCUUUCCUUGCCUCUGGGACCUUGGAGGCCAUAUGUUCCAGAUGACAUGACUACAAAAUGUUGGAAAGAAAAAGGUGGAAGUCUGACUGGGAAAUAAACUUUUCCUGAGUUAACGUCA